GUUUGCCUUCUGGUCAGAGGAAACAACGGGAGCUCAUUCUGGUGUGAACAAAGAUCACAGACUUGCCAACAUGGUUAAGACUGGCCUGACCUUCAGUCUGGUGACUGUUAUCUUGCUUGCGGCUGGCGGCGUCACCUUUUCUGCUGAGAUUCCUCAACCACAAGUUACUCAAGAUGUAAACCCCCCUGUGAAUGUUGACAGCCAGAGGAACGACCCCCCUCCCCCCGGUGCUGCUAACUUCUUGGACUGUGCACAUCUUUUUCCUGUACUUUACUGGACCAACGCAGUGCAGGACGGAGUCUUCCCCAUCAAACCUGAGUCUUCCACCGACCACUUUGACGUCUACUGUGACAUGACUACAGAUGGUGGGGGCUGGACUGUCAUACAGAGGAGGGUGGAUGGGAGACUCAACUUUGACAGGUUCUGGCCAGACUACAAAGCUGGGUUUGGGAGGGUCGAGGGGGAACACUGGCUUGGACUGGAUAAAAUUCACACCCUGACAUCCCAGAAUAGCUAUGAGUUGUAUGUGGAGUUACAGGAUUGGGAAGGGAACAGCAGAUAUGCUAAAUAUGGUACAUUCAGCAUUGGGGAUGAGAGUACAGAUUAUACACUGAACAUUGGGGGGUACAGUGGGGAUGCUGGAGACUCUAUGGAUUAUAAAAAUGGUAUGAAAUUCAGUGCUAGAGAUAUGGACAAUGAUGUGUGGGGUGAGAGCUGUGCUCGGUGGCAUUCAGGUGGUUGGUGGUAUAAAGCUUGUGCUGAAUCUGUCCUGAAUGGUCCCUACUACCAGCCAGAGGACUAUCACGGCGCUAACACAGGGUUUGGUGUUUACUGGUCUCACUGGAAAGGUUUUUACUACUCACUGAAGGCCACCAAGAUGAUGGUGCGACCUCAAAACUUUAUCCGCAAACUGUAACUUCACAGCUAACCUUACAAAGAUGCCUAAGCCUGAAUCUGGGGAUGAUGGAAGCUUUCAGAAAGUUUUCUCCAAUCUUUCCUGUCCAAUAAUUAGGUUUUUGCCCAGCAUUAAUAUUUACCAUAUUCUGUGCAACACUUCUGUAUUGCAGUAUAAUUUUUUAGUCUAAAAUAAUGGAGUAAUAAUAAGAUGGAAUUGCAUACAGGUCUCUGAGCUGCCAGCAUUUAAUGUGCAACACCUGCACAUAAUCUGAUGUACAAAAUGUUCAGCUUGAAUGAACUUUACAACUGGAGUAUGUGGCAUGUAACAACUAGCAAACAACAAUACUACAAGAUUCAUCUAUCUUUCAUUUAGAGCAAAAAUUUUAGCCAGGCAUACUACAACUUCUGUUGGAAACACACACACAC